AGAGAAGAGUAUAAAACACGGAGAGAGCCCUGUGGAGCCAAUAAGCAGCUGCAGGGAUGAGCAUGGCUUUGUGCCAACAGUGGGCCGUUGGGGAAGUGAAUGGCCAAGUUGACUCGAGACAGCAGAAACAUGGUGCCAGCCACAAGGGCAGGCACGAGGGCCCUGGAUCAGGGGUGUGCCGCUACCCUUGCCGGUAUGGGCCCAUUAUGAGGCACCAGCCUUGACCGUUUUAACGGUCGAACAAUAUGAGGAACUAGCAGGCAGCGUUGAAUUAGAAACGCAGCAUUUACUGCGUGAGCAUCGCUAUGAUACCAUUGGCAAUUUCCUUAAGUUUUAUAAGGACUAUAUUGCAAGUGGAGAAACUGUUCUGGAAAGAUUUUAUCAUAAAUAUCAACCAUUGAUAACACGUGAACAUCAUACUUGUGUGGGUUUAGGAUUUGAAUUACUAUACCGUUUAAAAUGUUUAAAUAAAAGAUUUCCUGGUAUAGCAAGUGGUUUCUAUUUAGUGUCUUGUGAAGAGACGAUCGAUAAUGUUGCUAAUUAUGUUGGAGGACCACCUGCUGCAGAUAGUGGUGAAAAAGAACAUGUGUUAGUGUGCCUGAAAAUUAAAAUUGGCGGACGACAAGGAGUUAUGCUACUUGAUCCUGGAUAUCAUGUAGCUCGAGUAAUUACUAUAAUGGAGGAUAAAUUAUACCCACAUACAGGCUGGUUUAUUCAAUCUGAUGAACCAGAUUGUAAAAAAGAAUAUAAUUACUUUUUAUGCAGUAACGAUCCUGAUUAUAUUGAAUGGCAUGAAAGAAAAACACGAUCUGAUACCUUAGAAAGAACACAAGUUGCUCUUAUAUAUGUGGCAAGGCCUUAUUUAACUGCCAUUGAUGUUACGGAACGCAGAAAUUUAGUUUAUAACUUCAGAAGUCUUCUUGCAAGAGAUACUAAAGGUCAUGUUACAGCUGGUUUAUAUUUUCCUGUUGUGCUGGAUAUAAACAAUGCACAAAGUUUUACAAUUUUUUAUCAAACUAAUAGUGGCAAAAGACGAAUCAAAAUGGCAUUUAAUAAAUUCUGCAGUUCACCAAAAAUAAAUCCUGAUACUGAAGAAAAGGAAAUUAUCGCCGAAUGUGCCCGGCAGUUAGGUCUUUUACAAGAUUCUCUAGAAGAUCUAUUAUCUGCUCUUGCUACAGUUAUGAGCGAUUCAGCCUUUGUGGCUCAAUUACUGGCUAUUAAUGCAAGAAUCAACACUUUGGCAGAAGAUAAUUAACACAAGUCAAUCUGCCCUGUGCGGUGCAGACAAUAUAUAAUAUAUCAUUUCUUUUGUCAACUUUCUUCUUAUGUUCUUUUUGUUUUAUUGAUGAUUAUGUUAAUAGUUUUACUAUGUAUUACAGAUGUUAAUUUUAUUCUUGUUAUAAAAUAAGGUAUAUUUUUUUAAUGAAUUUUAAUAAAAUUAUAUUAUAUACAU